AUGGCUGACGCAAAGAAGCCAUCAACGGCAUCCUCAUUAUUGUCAACUACAAAUUCUCUGUUAUCAACAAAGAAUACAGCUCUUACCGGUAGUUCCUUAUUUCAAGGUUCGAGUCUUUUAACAGUGAAUACAACAAGUUCAUUACUAUCAGGAACAGGUACAAAUAAACAAACGAGCCUUUUCUCAUCAUCAACUUUAACAAGUGCUCCUCCUAAAUCAUCACUUACUUCAUUUUCAUUAAGUACUGCACCUAAACCAUCACUCUCCUCAUUCUCAUUAACUAGUCCCCUUCAUUCAUCAUCAUUUCUCUCCACUACGAAAUUACCUACUAGUAAUACAUUGUUUUCAUCAUUCAAUACAAAUAAUGCAUCAUCGUUAACAACUGAUACAAGUUUAAGUCGAAAACGUAAAGCUGAACCUUUAGAAUCGACUCAAGAAACUCUUAAAAAUUCUGUAUUAACAUCAACAACAAUAGAUACAAGUUCAAAUAUUAUACUUUCAAAUGAAAAUGAAUGUAAAUAUAAUAUUGAAAAUAUCAAACCACUUGAUUCAAAAUCAAUUCAUCUUGGUGUUAAUUUACAUUGUCAUGUUCCAGCACCAAAACGUCCUCGUAUGGAUCCAUUUAGUUCGAUUUUUACUCGACUUGAAAAUACAACAGAUGAUGAUUUUAAUGUUGGAAUUAAAUCAAUUAAGAAAAGUCUUUUAAAUUCACUUGCUGAUUCAUUAUUAAGUCAACCUGAUUUACGAAAAGCAACAGAUCAAAAACGAAGUGAACUUAUUCGUCUUGCUAAUUUAGUUGUUGAUCAAGAUCCAGAAUUUAUCUUAAAAGCUGCUCUUUAUACACGUAAUCAUUUAAAUAUACGUAUAACAGCUAAUUUUCUCGUUGCAUAUGCUGCAUAUACCGAUUCAUGUCGUAUAUUUUUAAAGAAAUAUUUUAAAACUAUUGUUAAUUUACCAUCAGAUUGGAUUGAAAUAGCUGAACUUUAUCAAACAUUUUUUGAUAAACGUAUACAUUUUGGUUCAUUACCAUCAGCAUUACGUCGUGUUAUGAUAAAGAAAUUUCCUGAUUUUGAUAAAUAUCAACUUGCAAAAUAUAAUAAAGAAAAAGCUCGAUUAAAAAAAGCGAAGAAAGCUAAUGCAGCUCAAGGUACAACAAGCGGUGGUACUCGAGGAAGAGGUGGUGCUUCAUCUGGACGUGGUGGUCGAGGUCGUGGGUCAUUUCGUGGAGGACGCGGUGGACGUGGAGCAAGUCGAGCAUCAUCAACCGAUUCAAAUAUGAGUACUACAACAGAUGAACCAACAUUAGAUAAAGCCGCAAGAAAAAAUAUGACAAAAAUUAAUGAAGAAGAUCGUGAAACACGACGAAUGGCGUUUACAUUAAAACGAUUAAUUCGUCAAUUACAUAUAAGUGAACCUGUUGAACAUGUUUGGUGUUUACUUGGUAAACGAUAUCCAGAAACAUCUGAACAAUUUUAUUUAUCACGUUUACCUGGUGUAUUCGAAGGUGAACGUGCAAAUAAACGUAUGAAAUUACCAACACCAGAAACGUGGGAAACACAAAUUAGUUUGAAAGGAAAUAAAGCUGCAGUUUGGCAACAAUUAAUUGAUAAUAAAAAACUUCCAUUCAUGGCUAUGUUAAGAAAUUUACGAAAUAUGAUUAAAGCUGGUAUCGAUGAAAAACAUCAUCAAUGGGUAUUAAAAAAACUUUCAGACGAAGGUGCUGUUACAUAUAGUCGACAAUUUCCAUUUCGUUUCUUUUCCGCAUAUCAAGUCUUAGAUGAACUUGAGGAAGAAUUUAAUAAUUGGUGUUCAGCAAAAGAAACAGUUGGUACAUUACCCGAUGAAAAAAAACGAUUAACAAAAGAACAAAAAGACAAAAAAUCUCGUUUAACACCGUCAGAAAAAGCAAAAAAACUAGCUUCAAAAGAAAUGCCUUAUGAUCUUGCACUUUUACAACGUUAUAGAAAAGCAUUGGAUUGUUCAGUUAAAAUCGCUACUCAACAUAAUUGUCAACCAAUUCCUGGUCGAACAUUUGUUUUUUGUAAUUUAAGUGAUGCAAUGUCACAACCAUGUCAAGCAGCUAGAGGUUUAGGUAAACCACGAACACGUGCUGAAAUCGGUCUUCUAAUGGGUUUAAUGUGUAAAUCAGCAUGUGAAUCAAGUCGAUUAAUUGUUUAUAAAACAAAAGAUAGUUUUAAUGAAAUUGAACAAACACCACAACAAACAAUACUCAAUCAAAUGACAAAAAUUUUAACAAAUACCGAAUUUCAAGCUUCAUCAUCAGACGUCUGUAUACCACCAGCAUUUCUUACGAAUAUGAUUGCUGAAAAACAAUGGUUUGAUAAUAUUAUUAUUGUUUCUGAUGGAUUGAAAUCUGAUACAGCUGAAUCUGACUUUGUUUAUCGAUUUCUUUCACUUUAUCGUUAUUUAGUUAAUUCUGAACUUAUGUUUGUUAGUAUUGAUUUGAGUAUAAGUCAAUGUUCAUUAACAAAAUCCGAUCGAUUUAAUAAUCGAAAUGAUAUAUUUCUAAGUGGUUUUUCGGAUUCAAUCUUACAAUUUAUUGCUGAACGUGGAAAUGAUGGACAAUUAUUACAUGUUGAAAAUAUUGAUAAUGCACAUAAUCUUAAUAAAAUAGCUGAUAUUAAAAAUGAUACACAAACCGAACAAUCAAACUCUCAACAAACAAAACUAUCUUCUAGAACACCUAUAACAACAUUAGUACCACGUUGGCGAACUGUACGUGUAUUUAUAUCAUCAACAUUUAAAGAUAUGCAUGCAGAACGUGAUCUUCUUACACGUUAUGUUUUUCCUGAAUUACGUCAACGAGCUAAAAGUCUUUUUGUUAAUCUCUAUCAAACAGAUCUUCGAUGGGGUAUUGCAGAAAGUCAAACAAAACAAUCAGUUUAUCUAUGUCUUAAUGAAGUUUGUCGUAGUGAUUAUUUUAUUGGUUUAAUUGGUGAACGUUAUGGUUAUGUACCUACAUCAUAUGAUGUACCAAAAGAUGAUCCACGAUUUACAUGGUUAAAAAAAGUACCACUUGGACGCAGUAUAACAGAUUUAGAAGUACAAGCUGGUGCAUUUCAUUCAUCAACAAUAAAACAAAAUCGAGCAUUUUUUUAUUUUCGUGAUCCAAAAUUUCUUCAAAAUGUUCAUAAACCAUGGUCGGAUGAUUUUCUUUCGGAAAAUGAUGAUUCAAAAAUAAAAGUCAGUCAAUUAAAACAACAUAUACGUUCAAGUGGUUUUGAAACAUUCGAUGGUUAUCCAUGUACGUGGCAAGGUGUAGCAAAUGAUCGACCACUUGUUACUGAUCUUGAUGAAUUUGCACAACGUGUUAUUGAUAAUUUAUGGACAUCAUUACAAGAAGAAUAUAAACCUGAAUAUGUCCUAUUAGAUGACAAUGAAAUUGAAGAUAAUCAACAUAAACAAUAUCGUAUAUCAUUUAUGGAACAUUUUGUUAGUCGAACUAAAGUUCUUCAAGAUACAAUUAAAUCUAUUGGUACAUCAUCCGUUAUUCUUCUUACCGGACAACAAGGUUCAGGUAAAACAGCUGCUAUUGCCGCCAUAGCAAAUAAAAUAUUAUCGAAUGUAAACACAAAUGUUAAAUUAUAUGAACAUUAUGUUGGUAUAACACGUUCAUCAUCAAAUAGUAUUUCAAUGCUUCGUCGUUUACUUUGUCAAAUAAUAAAUGAUCAUUCGGAAUUACAAAAUCAAUUUCCAAUUGAUCAAAUUCGUUCAAGUAAUUAUACAGAUCUAUGUAAAAUCUUAUCCGAUGUAUUUCUUAUGAGAAAAAAUUCAUCAAAUAUUGUUAUAUGUAUUGAUGGUAUUGAAUUACUUGAUAAUGAUACAUUAGUUCAAACAUUAAAUUUUAUACCAAAAGAUUUUAAUUUUGAUAAAAUAACAUUUAUACUUACAGCUACAGAAGAUAGUAUUGUUGAACAAGCAUGUAAAAAACUGUCGAAUUUAUUAACAAUUAAUUUAACAAAUCUUGAAUUACUCGAACGUAGUGAAAUUGUUCGUAAACAUCUUGAUCGUUUUGGUAAGAAAUUAGAUGAACAAGCAUUUUCAUCACAAAUGAAAUUUAUUACAAGUAAACGUGAUUCAUUUAAACCAUCAUAUUUAACAUUAAUAUGUGAAGAAUUAUUAUUAAUGACAGAUUAUGAAAAGAAAAUAACGGAAAAAUUAAAAUUAAUACCACAAAAACAAAAUUUAUUUUUAUUAGAAAUUUUCAAACGAUUAGAUGUAUUAUUUGGUGAAAAAUAUGUUGCAACUGUAUUUGGAUUAAUUUAUCUAGCACGUCAAGAUUUAACUGAACAAGAAUUACGUGAUUUAAUGAAUAUUUCAUUUGGAACAGUUAAAACUUUACCACCACCUGAAAAUUAUACAUAUCCAAUAACAACUACACCUUUACAAUUAGCUGAUUUUACUUAUAAUUGUCAUAUUUUGUUAAAACCACAAUUAUAUGAUGGACCACAGACAGUUUCAAUAGCAUCAAAUGAAAUUCGUCAAAUAAUUAAAACACGUUAUUUACGUUCAAAUGAUCAACAACUUCAUUUAUAUAAACUUCUUGCUUUCUAUUAUUGGUGUGAAGCAACUGGAUCGAAUUGGACAUCCAUGAAUGUUAAAGCAUUUGAACAUUUACCUUUUUAUUUAUAUACUGGUGAUGAAUUUAAAUUAUAUUCAACAAUAUUAACUGAUCUGAAAUUUAUUGCGGGUAAAUGUCGUGUUGGUCUUGUACAAUCAUUAAUUGAUGAUUAUGAAUUAAUUAAUACUACUUCAUCAAUCGCUGUAACUAAUACACACACAAGUUUAUUUAAUAGAGCAAAAAAACCAUUAGUAACAAGUACAAAAGAUCGACAAACUAGUGAAAUAAUUCUUCAACAAUAUCGUUCGUUUAUACAACGAAAUAGUCAUAUUUUAGCUGUUAAUCCAUCAUUAAUCUAUCAACAGGCAUUGAAUGAAUUAGAAACAAGUCCUGUUUUUGAUAAUAUACAACAAAUACUUUCAAAUCAACAAGAAAAUUCUAUUAAUAAUGAAAAUCAAAUAACAGCAUUUGUUCGUAUUAAUAAACCAGAAAAUAUGGAACAAAUGAAAUAUUCAAUUGAAGGUUUUACAGAACCUAUUCGAUGUUUAGCAGUAUCACCAUCAGGUCUUUAUUUAGCUGCUGGUUCUGCUGAUUGUUUAAUUCGUCUUUAUAAUACGUCAACAUCUCGUCUAUUAAAAUUAUUUGUUGGUCAUGCUGCACCUAUCAGUGCAUUAUGUUUUGUUGGUAAUGAUCAUUUAGCAAGUGGUAGUAAUGAUGGUGGUUUAUCCGUAUGGGAUGUAGCAAAUGGUCAUCGUUUACAUAUACUUACACCAAAACAUGAUAAACGAGUUUCAGAAUUAAGUUCAAAUCAACGUGGUACACAAUUUGCAUCUGUUUCAUGGGAUUCAUAUGUACGUAUAUGGGAUUUACAAAAAGCUCGAAAAGAAACAGAAAUUCAUUUACAUCCAAAACCUGUAUCAAGUGUUGCAUUUCAUCCUGAUGGUUUUAUGUUAGUAACUGGUUGUUGGGAUGGUAUUGUUCGUCAAUGGAAUGUAACUAGUGGACAACGUAAAUCAGUUAUGCGUGGACAUUUAAGUUCAAUAAAAACUGUUGCUUAUUCUGCUGAUGGUCGUUACAUAGCAUCAUGUUCAAUAGAUGGUGAAUGUCGUUUAUGGAAUGCAUUAGUUGGUAGUCAAGUUGGUGUUAUAUCAGCACGUAUUAGUUCAAUUUAUUUUUCACCUAGUGGAUCAGAAUUAGCAUCAGCCGGUAAUGACGGUCGUGUUCGAGUAUUUUCAUCAACAAUUGGUCAAUGUCAAAUGAUUAUUCAAGAACAAGCAUGGGGUGCUGUAUCAAGUAUUGUAAUUCAUCCUGAAGGAGAAUAUAUUAUUGCUGGAUAUCAUUCAGGUUCAUUAAGAAUAUUUGAUAUACAAAAUGGUACAAGUGAACAAGAAUUUCAUUAUCAUAAAGGACGUAUUAAUCGUCUUCAACUUUCUUCAUCUGGAACAACUUUAAUUUCAGCAUCUAAUGAUAGUUUCUCACGAAUAUUUGAUAUUAAAGAUUUAGGAAAACGAAAUGAUAUGCGUAUUCAAACAACAAUACUUAAAGGUCAUACAGCAGCUGUUCUUUCAUGUGCUAUGAAUAAAUUAAAUAUGAUUGCAACAGGAUCUGAAGAUGCAACAAUAUGUUUUUAUAAACCAUCGAAAUUAUUUGAACAAUCAUCACUUGAUCCAAAUGAAAUUUUAACACAGCAUCGUACACCUGUAACUGGUUUAACAUUUAAUAAUGAAACACGACAAUUAUUAUCAGCUAGUCGUGAUGGUCAAGUACAUAUAUGGAAUAUAAGUCAAUAUGCAUCAACAUCUAUGGUAACACUUACAAAUACACUUGCACAUUGUCAUGCUGAUUGGAUAAAUGAUAUUGCAUUAUCAAAUACAAAUAAUGGUUUACUUGCAACAGCAUCAAAUGAUAAUACAUUAAAAAUAUGGAAUACAAUACCAAAAAAAAUACAACAAGAUAAUGAAGAUAAUGAUACAAUGGAUAUUAUGUCUUCUAAUACAGAAGAAGCUCGUGUAACACUUCGUGGUCAUCAAGGAUCUGUUAAUACAGUUUGUUUUUCAUAUGGAUGUAUAGUAUCAGGUUCAUUAGAUAAAACUAUACGAGUAUGGUCACAUAAAGGAACAGAAAUAACAUGUUUACGUGGUCAUACAGAAAAAAUAACUUCAUGUGAUCUAUGGGUUAAAUUUAAAGGUGUAACUACAAAAACUGAAAACGAUACAGACAAUAAAUGGUCAAAUGCAGUUGAUGAACAAGAAGUUGAACUUUCACGAUCAACACAUACAAUUGAUAAAAUGCUUGUUGUUAGUGCAUCUGAAGAUAAUUCAAUACGUAUCUGGCGACCAACUGAUCCUGAACAACGUUGUGUUUAUGAUGCACAUGCUCAACCAUUAAAUGAUAUUGUUGUUAGUAAUGAAUCAAUUGUAACAUCAUCACUUGAUAAAACACUUCGUUCAUGGCAAAUUCCAACUAAUGUAUUUCAACAUAAUAAUUCAACAACAUCAGCAAUGACACCACAAAUCGUUGAACCAGAUAGUCAUUUAGAUGAAAUUACAUCAAUUGCUGUUUCUCGUGAUAAUUCACUUGUUUUUACUGUUUCACGUGAUGCAUAUUUAUUUAUUUGGUCAUUAAUAUCCGAACAAAAUGAUGAUUAUGAUAUGGAUACAAAUAUAAAUAAAACUAAAAUGUCAAAACAACCAUUUCGUAUAAUACAAUCAAUAAAAGCACAUGAUGAAACCAUACUUGGUAUGGGUUUAAUUCGUUCAGAUCAUGAAAAUCAUACACUUGUUACUGGUUCAGUUGAUAAAAAUAUUAAAAUUUGGACAAUUUCACAUAAACAAAUGCAAAAUAAAUGUUCAAUAAAACGUUUAAGAACUGAUACAACAGUAAAUGGACCUGUUUCAUUUAUUUCCGGUCAAUAUGAUAUGCCAUAUUUUGUUGUUGGUGAAAAUCAAUCAUUUGAUUCACUUACAUUCCAUCUCUAUUCAUCAACUACACUUCAACGUUUAAAAACAUAUCAAACUCAAACAUGUCAUUGGCCAUUAUCAUCAAUAUUAACAUUAAAUGAACAGAAACAUUGUAUACUAACAAUUGGUUCAACAAGUAAUGAAUUAUGUUCAUAUGAUUUAUCAUUAAUUGAUACAACAGAUAGUAAAUUAUAUGUAUCAUAUGCAUCAACAAUUGAAUAUAUAACAUCAUUUCCAUCUGAAUGGAUAACAUCAAUAGAAAAUCUUGAUGAUAAUAAAGUAUUUUACUUAGGUACAUCAAAUGGAAAUAUUUAUUCAACAACAAAUUUAUUUACUGAUAUAAAUACAUGGAAUAAAAAUCAAUUAUCAUCAAAGCAACGAUCAAUUACAGGAUUAUGUUCAAUUAAUAAUGAAUUUAUAUUUACAAGUGGUUUUGAUAAUGUCAUACGAGUACAAUAUAGAACUGAUCAUACAAAUAAUAUGAAUGAUGAUAAUGAUGAUGAACAAGAAGAAAAAAGUGAAAUUCUAGGACAAUAUCCAGUACCAGCACCAAUUACACAAAUGCGUACAUGGAAACAAAAGAAUAAUGGAACUUUUGGUGUUGUAGCCGGUGAUACAUUAGGAAAUCUUUAUUUAGUACAAUGGUAUUCGUCCUAA